AUGUCCUCCGCCCCCGCCGCCAACGCCUCCUUCGCCAACCGCGCCCGCGCGUUCAUCAACCACCCUGCCGGGCCCCUGACCAUCCACUUCUGGGCCCCCGCCGCCAAGUGGGUGCUCGUCCUUGCCGGUAUCCGUGACAUCAAUCGCCCGGCCGAGAACCUUUCCAUGCUCCAGUCCGCCGGCCUGGCCUCUACCGGUUUCAUUUGGGCCCGCUAUUCGACCCAGAUCACCCCGAUCAACUACUCGUUGAUGGUGGUCAACCUGUUCGUCGGGUUCACCGGCCUCUACCAGGUCGUGCGCAUCCUCAAAGCGUCGUGGGCCCGCUAUUCGACCCAGAUCACCCCGAUCAACUACUCGUUGAUGGUGGUCAACCUGUUCGUCGGGUUCACCGGCCUCUACCAGGUCGUGCGCAUCCUCAAGUGCGUCAUGCCUUCUUGUCGCCUUCCUCGAUCAACGGCCGACAUGUGUGUUGCCCAUGCCCGGGCUGCGCUCUUUGAUGCCUUCGGCCCGGACCUGGUUCCCGUUCCGAUGGAUAACACCCAGGCCGAUGAGCCCAUGACGCAGGGGACUCAGCGCUCCACACAAGGGUCACAGUCAGGCGCUCCCUCUACCACCAAGCAGGCCACAUUCAUCCUCCGGUCGGUGGUGAACCCGCCAUUCCGACUGUCUCUGCUACUUGGCCGGCGAGAUCCAUAUGCCUCGGCUCCCCCGACCCCAUCGCUCCCGCAGUCGGAGGCGCUGUCCAAAACCGACGCCCGGCUGGCGGUUUGGCCGGCGAUCCCGGCCCCCACCCCUGAUCAUCCCCCGCCCCGGCGCCCGGCGGGCGAUGUGUCGCCCGCUUUGGCCGGCCUCGGGCACCUGGUGUGCCUGUUUAUUCUGCUCCGGUCCGGGACUCCGGUCACCUUUACGGAGAUUCUGGCCUACCUGACGCGUUUGGGGAUCGGUGUGCCGUCAGAUACCACGGGCCUCCCUUCGCUGGCAUCGGCCUCCGACCAGGGGGGCGAAGAUCACCACACCGGCCCGGCGGGACCCACCCACCCGGAACUCGGUUCUCUUGAGGUGGCCCUGCAGCAACUGGUCGACGCGCGGUACUUGGCUCCCCUGCGGGGGCGGGCCGCGGCCCAGCAUCAAGCUCUUUCGCAAAUGGCCGCCGGCCAGGCGGCCUCCAGCGGCGGAGGCACCUCCGCUUCUGGCGAGAGUUCAGUGCGGUACUAUGUGUGGGGGCCGCGAGCGCUGGGCACCUUGUGCCCCCGCCGCAUGCUGGCUUUCGCCGGGCGCAUCGUUGGAGGAGCCCACCAAAGCACCGGCCGGCCGCUGGGAGCCAGCCCCACGCAGCUUGACACCCCCUCCGGACCGGGCACUCCGUCACAUGCAGCGCCUUCCGACGAUGUUGACAUGGACUCGGUGGGUGACGAUGGCAGCGAGGGAGGCAGCAGUAGCAACAGCCCCGAGAUCAACCGCAUCCGCGUCACAUCCACACGCGAGUCACUGCGCCCGGUGUCCACCCAGCACGAUGCUCGGCCAGCGACCGAAGACCCAUACCAUGCGGCCAUAGAUCCGAUGGAUACAUCGCGCGUCGGGCCAGAGAUCCUGGAAGCCAGUGACCGCCUGUAUCGGGCAUGGCCCUUCAGCCUGGCUGGCCGUCUGCCGAACCCGGCGCCCUUCCGGUUCCAGUAG